AUGCCCUUGCUGCCAGCUCAACACAAAUGAUCAACGCCCAUUGUCGCGACUACAAUGGCAAGAUGUACGAGACUGGGAUGCAUUAUAUGCCCGGUCCAGAUUCGUGUCGUUUGUGCAUAUGUGAUAGUGGUCUGCCGAAGGCCUGUAAAAUGGUCUUGUGUGAGGCAUUUACCAAAUGUAAAUCUUUUCAAACCGUGGGAUCGGGCAAUAACUGCUGUGAGGUGAUUUGUCUCGAUGAUCAGCUAGCCGAUGGUAGUACGGAUUUUGGCGUUUGA